AUGGCCAACUCUGCUGGGAUGACGCUAAUAACAAACCACCUUCUUUCUUCAGAGGUGACAGGGUCCCUUCCAUGUAUUGCUGUAGAGACACAUGGAGGGCCUGACUUCUCUCUAACACAAGCUUUAGAAGACGUCUCUCAACAAGGAUAUGCCCAGAUUGUGGCCCUCCGGGAGAAACAACAAGUGCUCAGCUCUCUCCAGGCCAUACUAUCAGACAUUGAGGAGAAAGGCAAAGAAGCUGAAGUGGAGUUAAAAUCCAACGUGAGGCAGAUUCUCAUCCUGGAGGGUGAGAUGGAACACCUGCAGCGACACAUGCAAGACCUGGGCUUGCGCUCCGUCACCGUCUACAACGAAAACACAGAGCUCCGACUGCUGAUCGAGGAAGAGGAGGACAACUUCAGCCGUGUGCUGGCCGGUUACAACACCUACCGGAACAAGAUGGAGGGCCACCGGACGGCCGUCUUGCAAGCGGAGAGCCAGACGAGGGCUCACAUGGAGCUAGUGGAGAAGAGGGCUCUGGUCAGAGUGCUCACAGAGAGGAGAGAGGAGCUGAGGGCCGACCUGGAGAACCCAGAGGGGAAUGCUGUGAAGCAGGCACAGAAAGAGUUGGAUGACAUGAGGGGGCAGAUCUCAGACCGGAGGAAGAUGGUGACUGAGAGAAGAGAGCUCAUCCUGAAGGAGUUUGAGAGUCACACACUGAUCAAGAAGCAUAUCGAGAUCCAGAACAGACGGUACGAUGCCAUCGUGAAGCGUCUCCACUGCCAACUAAUGAAGGCCCAGUCCGGCCACAGGCAGCUGUCUGAUGAUAUCUACCACAUGGAGAGAGAGAUCCAGGACCUCAAGAGACACCUCGAGGUGCCAUAA